GCUCAAGGGUAGCGGCACCGAGCCGCAGCGGCGGGACUCGAGAGGCGGCGGCUUUGCCUUCUGCCCCGUGGAGCAGCGUGAAGCCGCGCACCCUGGGGGCCAUGCAGAAGGUGGGGGCGGGGGGCCGGAGGGCCUCCGACUGCGGCCCUGCCCCUCACCGGCCCAGGUGCAUCACCAAGUUUGCCCAGUACGUGGGCUCCUUUCCCGUGGACGACCUGGACACCCAGGAGAGCGUGUGGCUGGUGCAGCAACAGCUGUGGGCACUGAAGGACUGUCCCCGACGCCGGGCUGUCGUUCUGAAAUUCAGCCUUCAGGGCCUCAAGAUCUACAGCGGGGAGGGUGAGGUGCUCCUGAUGGCUCACGCCCUGCGGCGCAUCCUCUACUCCACUUGGUGCCCAGCUGACUGCCAGUUUGCCUUCAUGGCCCGAAACCCCCGGAGCCCGGCCAGCAAGCUCUUCUGCCACCUCUUUGUGGGCAGCCAGCCUGGAGAGGUCCAGAUCCUGCACCUGCUGCUCUGCCGCUCCUUCCAGCUUGCUUACCUCUUGCAGCACCCAGAGGAGCAGGCGCAGCCUGAGUCCUGCCCGGGUCCUGCGGAGGACGUGCCCCUGAAGCCCCUGUCCGGCCCUGGGGGCCCCCCUGGCCUAGUACGGGAACCCUUUGGCCGUGAUCAGCUGUCACAGAACGUUAAUGCGCUGGUCUCUCUACGGCGGCUGCCAGCAGAGGGGCCCGGGGGCAGUGGGAAGGAGCUGCCGGAACCGGAAGGCCGUGGGGGUGCGCGCCAUGCCCGCCUGGGGAACCCCUACUGCUCGCCCACACUGGUGCGCAAGAAGGCCAUUCGCAGCAAGGUGAUCCGCUCGGGGGCCUACCGCGCCUGCACCUACGAGACGCAGCUGCAGCUGUCGGCCCGGGAGGCCUUUCCUGAUGCGUGGGAGGCCUGGCCCCGGGGCCCUGGGGGCCCCUCUUGCCUGGUGGAGAGCGAGGGCAGCCUGACGGAGAACAUCUGGGCCUUCGUUGGCAUCUCCAGGCCCAGUGCCGUCGCCCUGCUGCGGAGAGACGUGCUUGGGGCUUUCCUGCUGUGGCCUGAGCCUGGAGCCAGUGGCCUGUGGUGCCUGUCGGUGAGGACACAAUGCGGUGUGGUGCCCCACCAAGUCUUCCGGAACCACCUGGGCCGCUACUGUGUGGAGCACCUGCCCGCCGAGUUCCCCAGCCUGGAGGCCCUGGUGGAGCAUCAUGCUGGGACUGAGCGCAGCCUCUUCUGCUCCCUCGACAUGGGCCGCCUGAACCCUGGCUACGAGGAGCAGGACUGCGGGCCUGAGGGCAGGCCUCCCCGGACGCUCUGGCCCCUAGGCCACGCCAAGUCCGAGGCAGAACUGCAGGGCCUGGGCUAGGAGGCCAGGCCUCACGCCAGCAGGCCCUGCCCCGCUCUGGCUUCUGGGUCUCAGCAGGCCGCUCUGCCCUUCUUCCACCCCGCUGGGCACCAGUUCCAUCCAGUCACUCUGCCCCUUGGACCAGUCUUCCAUCACUUCCCUGCUUGUGGGGGGAGCCCUGAGAGCGGGGACUGCCCGUGGCUUCUCACAGGACGGGGCCCUGUUGGGACUGCAGGAGGGGCAGGCGGAGCUCCAGGCAUCCAUGAACCUGUGGGGUGACUGUGCAGGCUUGUCUUCCCUGCGCUUAACCUCACUCCGAGGAGGGGGAGCUUUCCAAGGUGGGCAGGAAGGGUUGUUCACGAUGAAGGUGUAGCCCUCUCCUACGGAGGCCAGGCCCGGUCUUGGGGCCCUGACUGCGACAGCGAGACACAUGAGGGAGAGGUGUUCAGGGAGGCAGGAGUGAGUUCUCGCUUAGGGCAAAGGCGAGAGGACAAGCCACCUUUCCCAUGAGAGAAACAGGGAUGACGCGCCGGAGCUCGUGGGCUGCAUCCGGGCUGACAGAGUGUGCGGCCUGUUUUCCACAUCCGUUGAGGUUAAAGGAGUCUUCCCUUGAGUUCUGAGGAGUGAGGGUUAGGAGGGUGCAGAACAGGUGGAUGGACCCAUACGCAGGUGGACACCCGUGUGCAGAAAGGGACGUGAACGGGCCAACAGGGCAGACUCUCAAAGAACCUUCAGAUUAGGAAGGCUGGCUUGUCUCCACUCAGAACUGCAGGGUUGUGAUUCCUGCUUUACUCGGAAGGGAUGGCCUAGUCUCUUCCCCUCCCCCACAACCCCCUCAGGACCACCAAGACACACAUACACACAUCCCCAGGCUCAUUUCCUUUGGUCAUCUGACUGGGAGGGGCCAACAGCGAGCCGCAGGCUUAGAGAGUGAACAGGGCCCUGCUCCACUUACCUUGCAGGCCAGACUGGGUUUGGUGGCUGCCUGGGAAGCCUCCCAGUGGUGGUAUUUUCCUUAACGUGGCAUUGACCAUGGCUGUCAGGGGCCACUUCACUAGGCCAGCCCCACUGGGGAUGAGGGUCAAAGAGGAACCACCUAAAGGUGGAAGUGAUGUGGGCCCUGCCAGAGGUGACUUGGCCUCAGCGGGCAGUGGGGGUCCAUCCAGGGAAAUGAUUCUAGUCUAAGGCAAUGGCCCUGCGAUGAGGGACAGAUCUGGGUGUCCCCCUUUAUAAGUAAACUUGACAGACAGAUGUGAAUCUACCAGAUUAAGUUAGGGAGCAGGUUCACUUUGGAUGAACUUCUCUUCCUCAGGCAGCGGCCUACUCAGGAGUCUGGGGGCUGCCCUCUACCCCAUCUGGGAAUGGGGUACGACUGCUCUGUGCCUUGAAAGUAGCAGACUUAUGACUCCUGGAAGAGGGCAGUGCCAAUGGAAUAAAAAGGAGGAGCCUCAGAAGUUGAGGCCUGAUGUUCCCAGCUUCCAACGUCUAGCUGGGGAGAUGGUCUUGGCUGGGGCCUUGUCACUCUGUCACACCGGAUAGGAGGAAGCUGUCCUUUGAGGGCUCUUUUCACUGGAACCACAGCACUGAUUUUUUACUGAAUGUGAGUGGGAACCUGGGACUUAUUUUAUAGCCAUUCCUACCAGAACCCAUCUCCUCCCUGAGCAAAGCCCUGGUCCCUCGUGGGAGGCAACGGCCUCACAUUUCUCUGGCAAGGAAAGGGGUUUGGUGAUAGGGUGCCCAGGAUUACAGCACCGGAGUCGCACCCAUUUAAGAAGACCUGAUAACUGGUCUUACCCCUACAAAGGAUGGGUUUUGUUGCACAAGUUAUCUGUGUGGACAGUGUAUCAGGAGUGUUCCCAAAGUACUUUAACAUUCCUUCACACAGCAUUUAUUGAUCACUUGGUACAAAUAGGGCAAGGUUUUUGACCCAAGUGUGCAGACGCCUCAGUGUCUUAAUUGCAGACCACAGUUUUCUCUUUGUUCCAACCAGUGCCACCUGGGUAGCCCAGCUUUCCUUACUGUGUGGACUUGAAACAAAUAAAAUGCAUUUCUUUGGA